UCGUGGCUGUCUUCACGUCGGCCUUUCCUUCCACUGAUUAUCCGCCUUUUCCCGCGCUUACGCAGCUACGUGACGUUCCAAGCGUCUUCCAAGAAAAGAAGUACGUGCUUAAGGAGGUGAAGCAGCGUCUUGGAAGACAGAAAAGUCCCACGUUGGAGGUAAAAGUCACAGCAGCCAUAAGGAGGGUGUGUCCACAGUCGUUGCCAUGGCGUCACCGAUGAAGGUUCCUCUGAGCACCUCCCCGCUGGGGUCAUCGCCCCUGAGGUCGUCGCCCCUGGGGUCGUCGCCACUGGGGUCGUCGCCCCUGGCCAGCCCCCCACGCAGGCCGCCCCUGUCCCCAGGGAAGGAUGGAUUCCUGCUGCCCAGCCCACUGCCGACUAGGAGAACUCGUACACGCUCCACGUCACUACGAGCCUCGGCCGGACCAGUCAAAUACGGGAUUGUGAAGGAUUUCUGUCGACAAAAAGGCCACGGUUUCAUCAAACCUGAUGAUGGGUCCGAUGACAUCUUUGUGCACAUUUCAGAUAUUGACGGAGAGUAUGUACUGAAAGAUGGAGACCAGGUGACCUACAAAGAAUGCCCCAUCCCUCCCAAAAACAUCAAAGUACAGGCCAUCGAGGUGACCAUCACCAACCUGGCACCGGGGACGACCCACGAGAGGUGGGAGGACUACAACCCACGCGACCACAUACACGACCCCUGAACUCUGACCUCCGACCGGGCAGGGGAGGUCAAAGGGAGAAGUUCACAGUUCAAGAUUGUUGAAAAUCAGAUAAACUUGAUCAGUUGAAGGUACAGAACAAACUCGAAUUAACAAACUUUUUUUAGUGCAGUAUGAUACAGGUGUAUCAACCAUUGAUUGAUUGUUUUUGUUGAAAGUAGACAAUUGUUGUGUUUUGAGGCUGCAUGUUUCACAGACGGACCAAAAAAGGGCAACGUACUGUAAAAUGAAUGAUCAAAACAAAUAAGUGAAAAAUUUGAACUCAAAAUUUAUUGAUACCGACCGGGAAGUUAAGAGAUAAUGGUGUUUGAGAAAAUAUAAGAAAGAAAAAAUCCAAGAUAGACAGCCACAACUAAUGUCCACAUGUGUUACAAGCCUAAAAGUGAGGUACAUUUGUCAAGACUGUACUAUAGAAUAAAACUCAUUUAUAAAUCAUCAAAUUUGAUGACAGCCCUUUUCUCUGUUGUUUAAAACAACACUCAGACUUACUGUAGAUAGGCACAGUUCAGAGGUUAUAAGUUGUUCAAUGUUUUGAAGGACUAAAAUUGAGGUACAGAAAUUGAUUGAUAGGUUUUGCCUUAAAAGGUCUUCAGAGGGUGUUUUAGGGUUAAAGUCUGGAUGUACGUUUAUCAUGUCAAUUGUGGUUUUACAACCUCGGCAUAGCUCUUACACUUUAUUGAUAAGUGGGCCUGGAAAACUACUGAAAAAAAAUUGCAGUGUCUCCUUUUGUGAUCUACUUAAUGCAAAUAACUUUAGUGAAUGAUACAGGUGUUUGAUGAAACUUUCCAGUUGUUAAUGUUAGUUUUACAGUUAAUUAAAGUGAUCUUGAUCAUUCCCUGACUUUUUUGUCUAAGAGAAAGACUAUUUGAGGAAAUCUGGUCAAAGGGGCAAUAGACAAAAUACAGAUAUCUGAUCAAAAAUGCAUCACAUUUUUGUGAAAAUUACACAUAUUUUGUGCUGUUCACAUGACUGAUUUUCCUUGAAUACUUUUUCUUCAUAUACUAUGGUGUAUUGACAUACAUGAUGUUCUUCAUUCUUAUGUUAUGAUUUAGUAUUGAUUGUCAAUUAAAACUUUCACUCACGAACAUGGAGUUUAUGAACUACACUGAAUGAUAUUCAUUCAGUAUUAGGAAUGGAUUAAAGAAUGGUGUAAAGAUGGAUUAUAGAGAGAGUAGCUAUAGAGCAAGAUCGACGAUAGCUAUAAUAUAGAAAUUUGUAUGACUUUUGCUGGGUCACAAACAUAAGCAAUCACCCCCCCCCCCAAACAAAAACAAAUUGCUAGUAAUUGCACCUACUGCAAUCAACAGUUCCCAAAGUUCUGCAUACAUGUACAUGUAACACUGUUUGAGAUGUUAGAGUUUAUGUUAUCAUCAUUAUGGUUUUGCCCUGCCAGCCAUACAAGAAGAACUUUAUUGACACAACAAAAAGUACAGCGACUUUUGUAAGGUCAAAGACAUAUAUAUGCUCACUACUGUACUCACUCAGGUUAGUGUUGAAACAGUGUGGUACAAGCCAUGUCACAUGCACACACUGGAAAAACAUGCCACAGAGAGGCACUUCUUAGAGACAUGCUUUGAUAUGAAAGUGAUCAUUACCAUUGAAGAGGUUCAUCAGUUACGUAGAAUUAACAGUUAGUAGAAAAUUAUUCAAUCAGUGCUGUUUUUGUAAGGUAAAAUCACGUACCUCCAAAUUUUCAACUAGGUCACUCCGUUGUCAAGGUGUACAGUUGACACCGAAAAUUUGGAGGUAUGUGAUUUUACCUUACAAAAACAGUCCCUGAUUGAAUAAUUUUCUACUAACUGAUUAUUACCAAGUUUUUGUCUUGAGCAUUGUUCAUAUUGACUUUGAUUUAGGAUCGGUAGCUAUAAGAUAUCUCUUGUAGGUGAAACUUUAUCUAAAGAUGUUCCAAUUGUUAGGGUAAUAGAUUAUACCCCAUGAGGAAUAUGUAAGUACCGUGUAACUGGUGAAGGAAUAAAAUGAUUUUUGUGUCUAUGAUUGCCUGGACAAUUUGUGAUAUUUUCAAAAAGGCUUUAAAAGCAUGUACAUAAUUUUAUGUAUAUGCAGCCAGCAUGGGAAUACAGAUACAUCACGUUUUACAGCUGAAGCUAGUCAGAAACAUAAUUUUCAACACAGCCAAUGGACAUGGACAGCCAAAUGUCGGACAUUGUAGUUGUGUAUAUAUGCUAUAUUGCCUUUAGGUUUAGAUCAUAUCGGUAAUGAUUAUAAUGAGGAUUAUGAUAAGAAGUAUGGUUGAUGAUUGAUUGUUCUUUGUAUGUUAUGGGUUUACCUAAAAAUAUGAUGUUCUACAUGUAUAAUGUUUAGAUUUGCUCCUUAGUUUGUAGUAGUUAAUUUGUUGGCAACUAGCUUCCAUAGCAGACUCCAGGACUUGGGCUUUUGAGGGUCUUAUCAUAGGCAAUCCACAAGAAGUGGAGUACUGAGAAAUGAUAUGCUAUCAGAAAAAAGGCAUAUUAUAAGCCCCCCAAAAGCUCAACUCAUGGAGCCUGCAAAUAAGACUAUGCUAGGACCAAAAUAAGAGCUGAGCUUUGAUCAUACUGAUACACCAACAACAUGAAGCUAGGAAUAUCACAUACAG